AAUGUGCAGAUUCCUAAGGUCUCCUGCGCUGCUCGGAUUGGUGCUAGUGAUGCUAUCGGCGGGACAUUGCAAAGAGACACUGGAGUCGAGUGCAGAGCUGAAGGAAAGGCAAAACCUCCUAAACCUGAUCAUGGAGAUCAUUCAGGAGCUGAGGAAGUACCACCUGGAGGAAGAGGAGGAGAACGGAGCUCAGUACAAACAGGACUAUCCGUUGGACCGGAGGGAAGUAACCGAUUAUGGAGCCUACUCAGAGGAACAAAGAGUUGAAAUAGUUCCUAGAGAUCUAAGAAUGAAAGACAAAUUUUUAAAGCAUUUAACAGGUCCUCUUUACUUCGGUCCAAAAUGCACUAAACAUUUUCAUAGACUUUACCACAAUACAAGAGACUGCACCAUUCCUGCAUACUAUAAAAGAUGUGCCAGGCUUCUGACUCGGCUAGCAGUAAGUCCAAUGUGCGUGCAAGGAUAAGGUAAGCUUU